AUGGAGGAAAGUACCAACAACGAUACUUUCGAACGCCCCGAAGAACUCGAGAAAAAAGAGAAGCCGAAAGAUAAAUGUCCCACCGUUGGAAACAGGAAAAAAUCCCGCCUGGACAGUGAGGACUCAGGAAUCGUCACCAAUGCAUGCGAAAACGUCGCUCCUGAGAAAACUCAGUACAAAACUACGCCGAAUAUGGAUUUUGUGAGACCGAAGCUCGAUCACAAAUAUUCAGUAAGCUUCGCAGCAUGGGAAAAUACAGGGCUAGUGCCAAAGUAUUACAGACCCUACAAAUUGAUCGGGAAGUCAGUCAAUCCUGAAAGACCAGUCUAUGAAUGCAACUUUUGUCAAAAUCAUCUAAAAGGGCAUUUUUCGAUCAUUUCACAUGCUCGACGACAUAUCGGCGAUUAUCCAUUUAAAUGUACCGAACCAGAUUGCGACUAUUUUGAGGUAUCAUCAUCGGGCCUCAAAAACCACCACAUUCGCACGGGGCACAGCGGUAUGAAAAAAAUUGAAGGACCAAAACGCGAAGAGCCUCCGACUGAAUCGACAAUGGAUGUAAAUAAACAAGAGCCGGACCCUUCUGCCACAGAAAAUCGCAAGGCAGAUAAGCAUAAUCAACUUCCACGCGAAAAGGAGUCCAAAAUCAUCCAACCGGGAGAACAUCUUAAAAGAAAAUCACCCGAACCGUAUUACAACGGUCAGAACAGUUUCAAACCAAUUGACUUACCUCCCUCAGUACCGCGAGCUCCUGCAUACCAGACGGUUUAUGUUGUUGAACAGGCAACAGGAAUGAUUCCAGAAUAUUUGAAACCAUUCAAAAUUCUGCCAGUGACCGAGAGCGAAGUAACAUACGCGUGCGAUUGCUGCAAGUACACAUUCAGAAAUUAUGAAGAUGUCAUUGCACAUACACGGCAGCACUACGGCGAUCAUCCGUAUAGAUGCACCAUUUGUGGUUUUGCCAGCGUCAGCCGAAAGACUGCUGAGAUACAUAUGAUCGGAAGCGGCCAUGAAAAGUCAAUCUACUUGAAAAAAUACAAGAAUCACCAAGAAUUCUCUAAUCCGGCCGUGACCCAGAGUCAUCAUACCAAGAAUAAAAUGCGACCAUUGGACCACAGCCAACGCACAGAACAGAAAGACAAAAUAGAUUGCUUCACACCACAACAGCAAUACGAUCAAUGUAUGCCAAUAAACAGCGAAUUUGCAACGGGACCGGCUUGGAUGAGAAAUCCCAUUUACAGCACGAGCGCGGCAAAUUCAUGUUACUACAUGGCAAAUGGAUUUCCUUAUUACGCCCCCAUAACAAUCCCGCCCAUCAGCUCCCAACAAACGCCUCAAUCUUUUACACUGUCGACAAGCCCGACGAACACGAAAAAAGUGCCGAUUUCAAAAGAGACGACGAAUAACAUGACACCCGAAAACAAAACAAUGGCAUCAGAUGGGCUGGAAAUUAUCUGGAAAGGGAACGUCAAAAGAAAGACAGAUCAGGAGAGUGAAUUCAAUGAAGUAGUGCAGAAAAAGCCUUGUUUGAAUUCCUUUGCCCCAAAGAUGCAGAAGAAAGAGCCAAAAUUGACGGUGUCAGACAAUCAACAGACAGAUAUGCCAGACUACAACUUUCUCAUCAUGGUCGCGGAGCAAGUUGAAAAGCAAAACGACCACCAAAACCACAACUGGUUAUUUUGCGACAUGUGCAAAUCAGCUUUUUAUAACACAGACCUGUACAAAACACAUUUUAACACAUCCCCUAAUUGCAAUCCAUCGUAUGAAUACUAA